UCAAUUUGACAAAGAUUUUGACGGAUUGAGAUUGGCAACUGCGUUCCAAAUCACGGUAACGAUGUGAUAGCCUUCUAUUAGGCUGUCUUUGUCGCUAGCACGAUAAAAUUAUAUAUCUGUCUUACUCAUUAAAUAUCAAUAAAAUCUAUUGUUGUUGUUGUUGGAGCCAAUAUAAAACCGGAAGAAAAUAGUAUUUGUUAAUUAUGAAUUGAUUUCAUUGAUUUAAAAUCACCUCCGGUAAGGUUUAGGGUAGUUUAUUGUAAGCCCUACUGCUACAUCCAUGAGUACUUAAGUAUAUCAUUUACUUACACAAAAUUAUUAAGGCCUCAAUAUGAGUCGUGUAAGUCAAGUUCAGAUGAAGAAAUUGCUGGAUCUUCUGAGUGAAAAUGGUGUAUUAGUCGAUGGCAGAGUGAUGUAUACUAAAACUAAUAAGCAAAACUUUUGGAAACGCAUCGCUGUACAGCUGAACGCGGUUGAGGGAGGAGUUUAUAAGAACACUUGGAAAUGGGCAAAAAUGUGGGCAGACUGGAAGAACAAGACAAAGAAGAAGGCAAAUAUAUUGCUGAACAGAAAGAACCACCACACAGACCAACCAACACCCACUCUAACAAAUUUAGAGCUGAGACUCCUAAAGAUGAUCAACUUCCCUCUUGAAGAUAAGAAUGAUGCUAUCACUUUGGAAAUGGUUGUAAGCAAAGAAGGAUCAGAGCCAACAGAAGAAUUUCAAGCAGAAUUCUUAAAGCAGGACUAUGGCGAUGGAGACAUGUACAAGGAUAAAUCUAACACGGAGGAUGAUGUAGAUGACGAGAAGACGUUGGACUGCUUUAGUGGAGUAGAAAGCAAAUUCUGCGAUGUUGGUGAUAUUUUAGAAGAUGACAAGUUAGAAGAAGAUCCAGGUGAAGAUUCAUCAGAUUUUGAAGAGCAGCUCAAAUAUCAAGAAAAGAAAUUCAAAAAGAGGAAGAUGUCAUUAGAAGAAUAUAAAGUAAGAACAACAUUAAAAAUAGAAAAGGAGAGAGUUCAACAGAAGGGUGAAGAGUUAAGACUGAGAGCGCUGGAACUGAAGCUAAAAGGAGAAGAAUUAAGACUGAAAGAAAUUGAAAUGAAUAAAAUCAAUUAUUUGACUAGUAUUGAGGAAGAGAAGCUGAAAUGUUUUCAAGAAAUAUGCCUAUCUUUGAAAGAGCUUUUAGAAAGAACGAGAAGUGGCACAUUUCGUUAUCACAAUGCUUUGUAAAACAGUGUAAACAUAGUACAAAAACACUUCAGUA